ACGUCGGGGUGGAUCAUGAAAACAAUACUGGAAACGGCGAGGGAAAAAAAACGCUUGCAUCGACAUUUAUGCGGUCACGUCGAUGCAUCGCAUCGUUUGCCGUUGAAUCUAUACAUGCAUUGUUGCACCCCUAGAUUGAACACGUAAUUUAAAAAAAAAUACGAGCAAAUGUCUUUUUAAUUGUAAAGAUCUAAAGAGCUCAUGCAAAAAAAUAAUAAUACCACGUCACUUCCGUAAAUCUCACGCUAACUAAACAUUGGUCCAUUUCUGCCUAUUGUCCAUGCAGCGUGCAUGAGCGGUAUGGUGGCGUAAUUCGCUUAUAAUUUAAAGUAUUCGUGCAUGUUUAUUUUAGUUUUUAAUUUUAAGUUUGAACUUUUUUCUUCACUAGUCUUAAGAGGCCUAGCUCUCCCGACCGCUGCAUUGUUUUCGUUACCAGUGAAUCAGCUGGUCGUUGUUUUGUGGUUUUCAGGAUUAUUAGUGAUUACAACCUAUAUUGUAAUAUUAUUCAGCCACGUUCCAGCAACGCGGGUACCUUAAACUUUACAGAGUUUCAAAAAGCUGAAAGACCGGAUGGCUGGAGAAGAGGAAUUCUUUUCCGGAGCCCGUUCAGGUAGUUUAAUUGGUGUUUCAGGCAAAAUUUUUUAUUAAAAAAUAACGUAGUUUUACGUAAAGCAAAAUAAUUGCAUUGGGUAGCUGGAUAGAUGGUUAGAUGAAGGCGGUGGCACCCCCGUGCAGGACGAGCUCGCGGCCGAAUCCCUCGACGAAGAUGACGUGAACAGUGCCGUACGUCCUUUCGAGUCACUUGGAACAGGGUGUCUCCAGACCUACUGCCAGCGACAGAAAUGAGGUGGACCUCCUGAAAAGAAGGGGGAGCUCUGAAGAUGAUGAACCAAAGCAGCUUAUCAAUGACAAUGAUACUGAGGAGCAAAUGUCAGUCCAGAGAGGCCAGUCUGGGGAGGCAGACUGUGAGACUGAGGCCAGAAAACAGAAUAUUGAGAUUGUAUCUGAUGACAGGAUGGUCGGGAGGGACAAAGGGCACUCCGACCUGGUGAUCCAGGGUUCUGUGCCCAUGCUAGGGUACCAGUGCCAUCAAAUAAAGACUACAUAGUUUGCCCAAAGUGGAACGCGGAUGUAGAAGCUAAUCGGCAGGUCACUGAUGCCUCAUGGAAAAAGUCCAAAAUUAAGACGGAGCAAGAACCCGACAUGCCUCCACAGAAGAUGCGCCGUGGUACCCGGAAGCCCUAUCCGCGCCAGACGGCAAAAGACGGCACUGUCUGGGUAGAGGAGGACAUUGGAGGUGGAACGCCCAGUGCAUCAGCACAUCGCUCGCGCUUCACUGCGCACACUGGACCCACAGAGUCUGCUAAGCGUAAAAUUACAAGCGUGCUCCAAAGCUUCCUCUGCCUCUUCGACAUGGGAAUGCUGCAGAUCAUCACAGAGUGUACGGUCCAUCACGCCCACAGAACAGAGCCGAAGUGGAAGCUGACAGUUCAUGAACUGAUGGCAUUCAUUUCUAUUUUGUUUGUGAGAGCAGUCAUGUGUCCCGUUGGUGCCGUAGUGGAUUGCUGGUCAGAAAACUUUCUGGUGCCAGUAAUCAAAGAGACUAUGUCCCGAGACAGAUUCAUUUCAAUUAUGCAACACCUUCGAUUUGACAAGCACCCACGGACAGAACGGGUGAAAGCAGACAGAUUUGUUGUGAUCUCUGACAUCUGGACACGCUUCACUAAGAACUGUGUUGAGAGUUUCACUCCAGGAGAACACAUAACCAUAGACGAACAGCUGUUCCCGACCAAGGUUCGUUGUCCAUUCACGCAGUAUAUCUCAUCCAAGCCGGACAAAUUUGGGAUCAAAUUCUGGUUAGCGACGGAUUUGGAGACCAAAUAUGUCUGCAACGCGUCCCCUUACUUGGGAAAGGACCCCAAUCGUCAGAAGGGGGAGAGGCUGGCAGAGAAUGUGGUCAUGAGUCUGAUGGAGCCAUUUCUGGACAAGGGGAGAAAUGUCACCACGGACAAUUUCUUCACCUCACUGUCACUGUCACACAGACUGCUUCAGCGCAACACGACUCUACUGGGCACAGUGAAUAAAGUUCGCCGUGAACUUCCUCCAUCAGCAAAGGACACUGUAGAGCGAGAGGAAUUCUCCACAUCAGUGUUAAGAAAUGGCAGUGUCUCCUUGACGAUCUACUCACCGAAAAAAAAGAAAACUGUGUGUCUUAUGAGUUCCUUGCACCGAGACGUGGCGAUCGGGGAUGACAAAAAAAGGAAACCCAACACAAUAACAGACUACAACCACAUGAAGUGUGGUGUAGAUGUGUUGGACCAGAUGGCACGCAUGUAUUCAGUACGAGCAGCAACACGCAGGUGGCCAGUAGCCGUAUUUUACAACAUGCUGGACCUGGCGGCGGUGAAUGCCUACGUUCUGUACAAGGCAUGCACAGGGUGGAAAGGCAAAAGAAGAUUGUUUCUGAGUCUUCUAGCCAAGGAACUCCGUUGCCGAUUCAUGCAGCAAAAGGCAAUGGAGACAGAAAGGAAGGCUGCGGCUGCAGCUGCAGCGUUUGCUGCUGCUCUGCAACGACCUGUACAGACAACUCAGUGCCAGGUACAAGAGAGCUGCAACAGAAAUCGCAGCAGGUUUACCUGCGUAAAGUGUCACAAAUUCACCUGCGGCAAAUGCAGGGACAGUGGUCACUGGAUCUGCAAACGCUGCACACAGAAACUUUGAAAGACAGACACUGUGUGGGAGAGUAACUACUGAGACAAAAGGCAGAAAGAUGAUGAUGAGAUGAACCUGGAACAAUUUUUGCUAUUUUUUUUACAUGAACAGCCAGAGGAAAGAACAUGCAAAGCUGGAGAGAUCACACAAAACAAAAUUCACUUUUGGUUUUAUAAUUCAGUGAUGGCCAAUCAAAAUGAAAUGACAGUAUUUCAUUCUAUACGUGUACAAGCAUAUUAUCAACCACGGACCAUGACUUCACUCAGCUUAUGACAUUUGUGUACAAACAUACAUUGGAGACUGAUGCGUUAACAUGUUUUCAUUCUAUUUUCACUCUUUUUUAUAAAUAAAAUAGACUUGUGUUUCCAUAUA